AUGCUGAGCGCGCCCAAGCCCCUGGCCUUCUCCAUCGAGCGCAUCAUGGCCAGGUCGGGCCCCGAACCCCAAGCCGUGCCGCUGCUGCCCCACUUCUUGCCAGGGGGAGGCGGGGUCCCCAAAGCGGCUGCAGCCACGGCGGCGGAGCAUCUGAAGCCGCAGCAGCAGCAGCAGCCGGCGUUCAGCCUCGGGCCCUCCAUCCCCUGCAUGAUCCCCUUCGUGCCGCUGGCUUACGAGCCCUUCGCCAAGGUGGGGUCCGAGCCCAGGAAGCCCCCCUUGGAGCCGGCCUCCUCCUCUUCCUCCGCCUCGUCAGCUCUCAGCUGCGCGCUCAGCCUCAAGCCCCAGGCCGCCGAGCCGGCCCUCGGCUUGCCUCAGCAGCCGCCCCACUACAAGCUGGUUCGGCCGCGGGUGAUCAAGCACUCCUCCUUCCACGCUCUGGGCGCCCUGAGCUACUUCAGCCGGGCGGCAGAGCCGCAGCCGCAGCCGCCGGGCCUGAGCCUGCACCCGGUGGCCUCCUAUUUCCUGGGCUCGUCGCUGCCGGCGCCUGCCUUGCAAGACUCGACGGCGCCCAAGACCUACCUGGCCGAGCGCAACAAGCUCCAGGUGCUGCCGUCCGGGCCGGAGAAAUACUCCCAGGCAGCCUUCAAGGACCUAGCACAGGCCCAGCUGCACAACGCGGCCGCCGCUGCCGCCGCUGCUGCUGCCGCCGCCGCCGCGGCUCACCUCCUAGCGUCGGAGAAGCUGCCGUUCAAAGGGGUGUCGGCCGACUUCAGCCGCGGCUCGCCCAGCGCCAAGCCCAAGGUCUUCACCUGCGAGGUCUGCGGCAAGGAAAAGCCCCAUAAGUGCAACCAGUGCGGGAAAGCGUUUAACCGGAGUUCCACGUUAAACACCCACACGCGCAUCCACGCGGGCUACAAACCUUUCGUCUGCGAGUUCUGCGGAAAAGGCUUUCACCAAAAAGGGAACUACAAAAACCACAAGCUGACCCACAGCGGCGAGAAGCAGUUCAAGUGUACCAUUUGCAACAAGGCCUUCCACCAGGUCUACAACCUGACCUUCCACAUGCACACCCACAACGACAAGAAGCCCUUCACCUGUCCCACCUGCGGGAAAGGCUUUUGCCGGAACUUUGACCUCAAGAAACACGUCCGCAAACUGCACGACAGCGGCGGGGGCGGAGGCGCCUCCCUGGGGCUCCCUCGAGGCGGCGGCGGCG